AUUGUGAUGCUUUAUCUGCAGGCUCACAGUGACAGGAUCAGUGUGCUGAGACUCACUGACAGCACCAUCAUCUCAGCCUCCUAUGACCGGACAGUGAAGCUGUGGAACAGAGACACCAAGAAUCAGGUGGGCUUGUUUGUGUGUGGAGGUCCUGUUCUGAUCUUGGAGGUGAAUCCACAAAGACCCACUGAGCUGGUCUGCAGUGACGGAGAAAGAAAGCUCUACUUCCUCUCUUGGAGAGAGUAAUUCUCUCUGCGUUACACUCUAAGCUUUAGGAAUUCAGGAUAGUUUGUAACAAGUCACAACACCAAGCAAAGACCAAUAGGAUUGCUUUCAUUUUGGCGUCGAAUGUACAAUAAAUUCAUGUGAAGAAAAAAGAAACUGAAAUGUUUACCUAGCCACAUUUGACCUACCUUUAAUUUAGAUGGAGAAACUUGCAAACAUGACAAGCAAGGUUAAUAAAAAAAUAAAAUGUUAGUUUACGUUUGUGAAAGAUCUCUUUAA